AUGGCGACGGAGGACGGGGAGAAGAAGAACGCGGCCGGCGUCCAGGCGGACGGCGAUGUGGGCAUGAACGGGGCUUGCAUCGACAGGCAGCCGGACACGACGCUGCCCGCGGCCGGACCCAGCCGGACUGCGGGACGCGGUGGCCGCAGCGGCGGUGCCGGAGCCACGGGGAUCCGGGUGCUAAAGGCAGGUCGUCAGCGCAACAUGAAGCGGAACGGGAGCCGAAGCUGCGUGACCAGGAAGACCCGGUUCGGGUCGCGAGAGCGGGACUGGCUGAAAGGGGACACCCAGCGGGGCUGCGUGUGUCUUUACGGGGGCGUGGUGGACCCCCAGCCGCCCGCGUCCGGCCCUCAGGCCUCCUCCACCCCGCACACGGACCUACAGCUGGUGCUGUGCUCCACCAGCACCACGGUGGAGGAGUUGUGCGCUCAGAGGGAUGGGAAGGGACUCUACAUCCAACUGCACGGAGACCUCGUCAGGAGGCUGGACCCCUCUGAGCGUCCGCUGCAGAUGGUGUAUGACUACCUGACAUCUAUGGGCUAUGCCGACCCCAUGAGGGUCCAGCAUGAGGCGGCCAACUCGGACCUCAGCUGCUUGAUCCGUUUCUACAGCGAGCGUCCGGUGAAUGCAGACCAGCAGGAACGGACCUUGUUGAAGGGUGUGUUCAGUGUCAGGAAGGGCAAAACGCAGCUGCACAAGUGGGCAGAGCGGCAAGUUAUUCUAUGUGGCACCUGUUUAAUAGUGGCAUCUGUUAAAGACAGCCUGACCGGGAAGAUGCACAUACUGCCCCUGGUGGGGGGUAAGGUUGAGGAGGUGAGGAGGAGGCAGCACUGUCUAAUGUUCAGCUCUGCAGGAUCUCAGGCCCAGACUUACUUUGUCAACUUUGACACUCUCGUGGACUACCAGAGAUGGCAUCGACAGGCGUCAAAGGUGGUGUCUCAGACGGUGAGUCUGGUGGACCUGUCCUGCUACAGUCUGGAAACGGUGCCCGAGUACCUGUUCUACUGCCAGGAUAUCACCCACCUUAACCUGCGACAUAACUUCAUGAGCCUGCAGGGGUCCGGAGGCCUGCUCAACCUCCCCAGGUUUUCACAGCUGAAAAGCUUGAACUUGUCUCACAAUCGUCUGGGUGUGUUCCCUGAGUGUGUGUGCGAGAUCCUCACCUUAACUGAACUCAACCUCACCUGUAAUAAUCUGCACACCAUUCCCGAGCAGAUCGGCAACCUUCAGAGUCUGCAGACAUUGUCUUUGGAUGGAAACCACCUAAACUCUUUGCCUGAGGAGCUUGGCGGCCUGGGUCAGCUCAACAGUUUGGGACUUUCCUUCAACAACUUCUCUCACAUUCCUGCUUUGUUGGAGAGAUUGAAUGCGGUGGACAAGCUGGCUAUGGCCGGGAACCGAGUGGAGAGCUUGGAGUUGUGCACUCUGAUCAGAAUGAGCCACCUGCGAAGUAUUGACCUUCGGUUGAAUGGGCUUCGGUGGGUUAAAAGUGAGAAUCUGGAGGCAGUGACCCAGGUGACCCAGCUGGACUUAAGGGAUAACCGCUUGGACUCGCUGGACCUGAGCUCCGUCUGCAACCUGGAGGCUCUGUAUUGCCAGCGGAACCAGCUGGGGACACUCACACUCAGCGGUUUCACACUGCGCAUGCUUCAUGCCAGCAGCAACCGCCUUACAACAGUCAAUAUCUAUCCAGUCCCAAACCAGAUGACGCACAUGGACCUCUCCCAGAACCUCUUGGAAUACCUUCCAGACUGGGUUUGCGACUGCCGCAAAAUUGAGAUCCUGGACGUGACCUACAACCUCUUGUCUGAGCUUCCCUCCAGACUGCUCAACAGCUUGAGUUUGCGGAAGCUGCUCGCGGGGAACAAUCGCUUGCAGAGAGUGCCUGACCUACUUGACCAUGUCCCUCUGGAAGCUCUCGACCUUCAGCAUAACAAGCUAACCGAGCUUCCUGAGGGUCUCUUUAACAAGGCCUUAAACCUAAAAUACUUAAAUGUGUCAGCCAAUGCCCUGGAAAGUAUUCCUCCCAGCAGCCAAUUAGAGGAAAGCCUCAGCACACUCCAGGAGUUCUACCUGACGAGGAACCACCUGAAUGAGAAUUGCGGAGCUCUGCUGGUCGGACACCAGAACCUACGAAUCCUCCACAUCGCCUACAACCAACUGCUCUCAUUCCCUGCAAGUAAACUGAGUAAGCUGGAGCUGCUGGAGGAGUUAAAUUUAAGUGGCAACAAGCUUAGGACGAUCCCCUCCACCGUGUCCAGCUGCAAGAGGCUGCACACCCUUAUAGCACACUCAAAUCACAUCAAUGUCUUCCCAGAGAUCCUACACCUGCCCGAGAUCAAGCUUGUAGACCUAAGCUGCAAUGAGCUGACUGAGAUCCAGCUGCCCGAUUCCCUGCCUGCAACGCUACAAGAGCUGGACCUGACUGGCAACAGCAGCCUCCUGUUGGAACACAAAACACUCAAUCUCUUCAGUCACAUCACCACCCUGAAAUUAGACCAGAAAUCAACCGCUGCACCUGGAGACUCGCUGAGCUCUUCUACUCCAUGGAACCACGGUUACUCUGAAAUGAGUGGCCAAAGAAACAAGGAGUCUGAUUUAUUGGACAGGCUGUGUGUGUCGCUGCUGGCCGUUGACCGCUUCGGAGACAGCGUGGAAGCAUGCUACGGUGUGUUUGAUGGAGACCGGAAUGAGGAAGUGCCUCGGCUGUUGCAGUGCACCAUGGGAGAUGUGCUGUGCGAGGAACUGCAGCACUCCAGUACUGACAAUGUGUACAUGUGCAAUACUUUCCUCACGUCACACAGGAAACUCGGUAUGGCUGGCCAGAAACUGGGUGCCUCUGCCUUGUUGUGUUACAUCCACCGUGAGACCUCAGAUCCAGGAGGUUAUUUUAGCCUUACAGUUGCAAACGUGGGCACCUGCCAGGCUGUGCUGUGUCGGGAUGGGCAACCCUUGCCUCUCUCAAAGGUUUACAGUUUGGAGAACUGCACUGAGGAGAUGGAGAGGGUUAAACUCAGUAAAGCCAUAAUAACAGAGGAUAACAAAGUAAGCGGCGUGACAUGCUGCUCCCGUUUGUUGGGCUGCUCUUAUCUGUCUCCCUGGGUGCUUCCAAAGCCCUGUGUGCACACUGAGCCACUCUGCUCCCAGGAUGACUUCUUGAUCCUGGGGAAUCGAGCCCUGUUUGAACGUGUGUCCUACCAGGAGGCUGUGCACACUGUGCAGGCGGUGCAGGAUCCCCGUGCAGCUGCCAAGAAGCUGUGCUCGCUUGCCCAGAGUUACGGUUGUAAGGACAACAUUGGAGCCGUGGUGGUGUCCCUCCAGAUUGGCGCCGACAGCUGCACAUGUGAGCCGCCGGUCUCCACCGCUGAACCACGGGGCGCCCCUCCGGCCCCUGUGACUGUGACCUCGGGCACCAGCGAUCCAGCCGGCCUCUCUUUGAACGGCGCCGUCAUCACCGAGUUCAGCAGUGAGACCUCUGCCUCCGAGGUGGGCAGUGAGGCCGGGUCCACGGGCUCGGACGAGCACGCCUCCUCUGCUCCGGCGUCCCGCCCGGAGAGGCGCUGCAGCCUGCACCCCGCUACCACACUGUGUGGCAUCAUGGUGCCAGGCUCAGCCGGGACAGUGACCCACCCGGGCCUGUUCCAGCGUCAGCCUUCCUCCAACGCGUUCUCAAGCAACCAGUCCGACAACGGGCUGGACAGUGACGACGAAGCCCCACUGGACGGCGUUAUCUCCAACGGUAGCAAGGUAGAAGUGGAGGUCGACAUUCACUGCUGCGCUUUCCAGCUCCGGUCAGGGGCUCCUGAGAGUCCCAAACACUCGGACCUUGAAAAGCAAAGCUCAGACUAUCGCAACGGCAAAAUGCGCAGACAGAACAGCGUGGUGGUUUCGGCUACAAACGGCUGCUUGCUGGCUGUAUGUGGGAGGGAGAUCACGGACCUCAAGAAGUCUCCCUCCACCUCCAGCCUGUUUGGGAAGAAGCUGUCCAAUGGCUCUGUGGUAGCCCCGGAAGACAGUCAUAAUCUUAUUGAGGUUGCCCUCGAGGCACCCAAGAAAAAGUCCGGUUACUUCACUGCCCCAGCACAGCAGGACCCAGAGGACCAGUUGAUUGUGCCUCCCAGCCUGGAGCAGGAGGUCAGGGAGCAGCUAAGAGGCCAGAAUCCUCUAGUCUCAGGACUCUCUGCACCUUCCACACCCACCUCCUUAAAAGAUCCUGUGUGGGAUCAUCCACACCCCCCUGCAUUUGCCUCCAACCUGAUGCCAGGCAGAGUCCCUGCUCCAAUCCUUCAACAGGAAGUCUAUGACACCGCCCUCUAGAGGGAGGAGCUGGAGUCACAGCACAGUGCCAUACGGCUGCAGUUGCCAUUCUGAGGAAGAGGAUUUUUCUCAUCCAUGUGGGAUAUUUCACUUAAAGUUGCAAUUCAUACCUUUUGUGAGGACAGGACUAAAUGUGUGAUAGUCACUUAAUGAUACCGUGCCAUUACUGGGAGGCAAAAACAAAAAUGCUCUGAGCGUUUAAGACGACAGGAGUGAGCAUACAUUCCACUUUGUAAGACAAUAUGUGAAACGAGAGCUGGCUAUUUCAGAUAAAUCCAUGUGUGAACGAUAUGGGAUACCUCUUGUGUUUGACCAUGUGAGCAGCAUUUCCCUUUACAUGGAAAGUUAAGCAAUCUGGAAGGUGCGUAUGAGAUUGUGUCCAAUCUCCUCACCAGGGGCUCCGCGGUCUCUCAGGUCCUGGAGAAAAGCACUAUGACUGAAACUUGAAAAAGUGCCUACUACAGAUGUCGCAGCCAGGAGCUCCCCAAAUAAAGGCUGUGCUUUGGGGAUGUCAGCUGCUUAGUUAUUUUUGGAGGAUGGAUAGUGUCUUCAAGAGACUAACUGGUGCAGAUUCUAAAGAAAAUGAAGCUGUAAAAGAGCAUCGCAAGACUGAAAGAUGUGAAAACACAACAACUGCAUUGAUAUUAAUGCUAUACUUGAUUUAAUUUCCCAUGCAUACAUAUAGAUUAUUCUAUCAAUUCUUUGCAGUGUGGCACAGUACAUACAUCUAAAUUACUUAAGCAUGCUGUCUUCAAGAUUGAGUAAACUGCUUAUUUCUAAGCAAAGAAAUAUUAAAGUAAUUCAACUAUAGGGAGCUGAAGUGCUGUAGCUCUAAUAAAAACUAUAAAACUAUGAUUAGUAACAGUGCAUGAUCAAACAAUCUUAUUCAAAUCAACAUUGACAGGAAAAAUUAAAGAUGAAUUUAGACUUAGUCAGCUUUGUGGUCAUGGGAUAGUGGACCGCUGAAGACAACAGGAUGUUUGGACAUGAUCUAAUUUAUAGUUUUGAACAAACCAGUCAGGUUUUAAAUGGUGUACUGAUAAAAAGUUUAAAAAACAGGUUGCUAGAUACAGUAUUUGUACGUACUGUAUGAUAUGAAAAAUCCCUGUUUUUUCUAAAAAGAUUGAAUAUUUUUGGCACAUUUAGAGGCUGCCACCAUUUUUAAUUUGUGAUAAUCUGUCCAUGUUAGUGAUGUUCUGUUAAAAAAAUGUUUACCUCAAACAUGUCACUUUUGAAAAGUACCACCACAAUAAUACUCCCCUCACAUCUAUUUUUAAAGUUUUUUUAAUUUUGUUGCUAAAUUUAUUCGAUAACUACCACAAAAGCUGCUUUGACCAUCAGAUCUGGCCUGUUGAAGGCAGUGGAUUGUGUCAGGGUAUUUAGGGAGAAACUUUCUGAAUAUAUGUGCCUACAGUGAACAAGCUAAAGAGAAUAUCGUGAGCCACGCCAAAGGCAAGUCGCAUCUGAACAAGAGACCCAGUCACGUGAAUCCUUGUGGACUUUUUGACUAUCAUGAUGUCAGUAAGUUGGUGCAUAAAUUUGGACAAAAUCUUUGGCAAACAUGAUCAGAAGAGCUGGUUAAAGAUAGUAUAUCUUAUCGUAAAACCCUGCUGGCUGAUUGAGUUAUUGACAUUGUUGCAUGCUCAACAGUUUGUCACAUUUUAGCCCUGCAAUUCAAAACCAAAAGGCAAACAAACAGGCGGUCAUGUGAGACUUGUCAUGGCAUUAUGUGUGUGUCUUAAAAUGCAUAUAUUUGGGACAAGAACUCUGUCAUGCAUACUUUGUGAAGCCCAGGUCACGCAGUGUAAACAACAGAAGUACUCCAGCAGCAUGAGGUACCAGAAUUGAAGAAGACACAGGUUUUAGUGUAGUUAUAGAGUCAACAAAUAUGGUUAUAAAGAUGUAAGCUGUUGAUACAGAUCUGUCAUGAGUUCAAGUAGAUGCAUAUAUCGUUCACAAAUUGAAAAGAGGCAUAUUUUGUUUAUUCCUAUUCAAAUUAUCAAAUCAAUUCUGUGUCAAGGAGCCCUGAUACUCCCCGCCUUCUAACAUAGGAGAAUGCAGCUCUUCUAGACUAGUGGUUAUAAGAAGGCUGGGAAGCUAGGAAAUUGUUGCUUCUGUCUGUGAUUACUCCAUUAGAUGGUUAUUUUUAGUUACCACCCCAGCUUGGUAGUGGUGUUGUUCGAGGAUCCCACCAUAGUGGGAUUGCUGAACCUGUCCCAUUUUGCCUUAAAGUGUCACAAAGCAUUUUAGAAAGGAGGGGCCCAUUGAAUCAUUCCAUUGAGUGUUUGUUCUGUUUCUGAACAAGAUGGCCGUUGCUUUGUUCAUUACUCCAAAAUUAAUGAGUAAAAAAUCUAAGGAAGCUUGUGAGGAAGCUUUAUUUUCUUAUUUGGUUAAGCUUUUAUGACUUGAAAGCAAGAAUCAUCAUUAAAAGCACAGAGGAAAUUGUAAUAGAGCUAUGUAUAUUUGAUUUGAUAUUUUUUCAAGCAGGAAUUUCCCACAAGUAAAGAAUACCUAUCAGUUGCAGGGGCUAUUUUGACCUCCUUGCACAUAAUCUUGUGUAAGAAUACGCAGAUUUUCAAAACGAGGAUGAAGUCAAUUGAUAUGAUAGCUAUUGAUUUACAUGCUGGUGUGUCAAAUAUUAAUAUAAUUAAAUGCACUUUUUGUUCUCAGUUACAUGAGAAUUUUUUUAAGUAUCUAUUUAACUUCUAUUUAGAAUGUUAGCAUUAACAAGCAGCACAUUAUGUUAUUCUGGCUAAGUAAUUGACCACCAUCUUCCACAUGACUCUCCAUAUAAAGCAAAUGCAUGUUGACUUGAUUGAGAAAUUUUGUUAUUUUAUCCCUAAAAGGUUUUGCCGUUGUCACCAUUCUAAAUUAUUUAAGCCAAAGAUUUAAUUUCUCAUUUCCAAAAUGUCUAAUUACACUAAAUUUAGCUAGUUAAUGAACAUAAUAAGGCUAUAUAUUCAGUCCUAGGCACUUUAUCGACCAGCAUCUGAGAGGCCAAACACAAGGGACUCUUAAGCUCUGUCGCCCACCAGGAGAACUCACACAUCAGACAUCUAGUCUCAAGUUAGGAAAACAUCUGUGGGCAAUGCGGGCAUUUUUGCCACAAAGUCAGCUAAUGAUUGUGCACAAUAUUGGUACAUAUCUAAACUGUUUAGCAGGUUCACGGAGAGGAGAUUGAAAGUUUCACAUGAGAUAGUGAUGUUCAAAGCAGAUGUUUGGAAUUCCCUUGUAAAAUAUGCAAAGAGUUUACUGUAAAUAUAAAUGUAAAUUGGAGUGUCAUUUUACCAUCUGAAACUACAAAAUCCUCUUUCUCAAUAUGUCUGAAAAUAAAUAUUGACUAGUAUGUGUGUGUAUGUGUGUGUGUGUGCGUAUGAUGUAUGUACUUGUGUUUAUGAGCUGAACAGCUCUUAUUAUUUUGUGAUUAUGUCCCUUUACACUGUCUGUAUAGUUUGUCUCCACUCAUGUUAUUGCACUGCUUCAUUUAGUGCUCUUUAAACCAACUGGCUCCAUUUCUGACAUCAUCUGCCCCUGGUUGAUGCCAUGUAUUCAUCCCCUGUCCUUUGCAAUGUACAUGUACCAUUUUUAAUACAGUUGAAUAUCAUGUUUGGACAUUAGAUAGAUAGAUUACUUUUUUCAUCCCCAAAGGGGAAUUUGGUGAUUACAUAGAUGAUUUGCACAGGUACAAAAAGAUGGAGUACAGGGUAGAGUGCACUGACAUAGAAUAAUUCCCUUUAAUUCAUUUCUGGAGAAGAUCUGGUGGUACAGUAAUUAUAGAUCAUUGUGUACACCAAAAUGGAGGGAAUGCACAUUAAUCUAGAUGAUAGUGGAUUUUUAUUUUUCAUUAACUAACCACAAGGGAUCAUCUCCUCUUUGCACAAACUCAACAAGCUCCCUGUACAACUUGUUUGCAAAAUGUCUUUUUGCGUGUAGUUUAAAGCUUCAGUGCGCGCACAUACAGUAGGUGUAUGCAUGCCAGUGUGAACAAUGGAUCGACUGUACUUCUGUGUGGAUAGAGAAUGAAAUCGAUCAGAGAUGCUCUGGUUGUAAAACAUGUGACCAAAGUAGCCAUUGCUCAAUCACAUGGUUCCUUUCUGUAUAUUAUUUUCAAGAAAUGCUUGAAUAUUUUUUCCUCAAUGCCAAGAAGCUGAUGUUUAUUUUUGUACUUCAUUUUAUCAUGCAAAUUUCUAUUACUCUCUUCGCUACAGAAUUGAAAGUGAUUGGGAUUCUUCAGAAAUCUGUCACUCAUUACGGUACUGUUGAGUAUAUCAACUGUAAGUGUAUUUAAUGUCGGAAGCAUGUCCUAAAUAUAAGUCAACAUGAAAACAUACAAAAUGUGAUUUAUUUGUACAAAAUGGAGCAUAUCAAACAUUCUUAGGUUUUUAAUCUAGCAUGCAGUUUACUGCUGAAUUUAUUUUUGCUAAUCACAUAAAGAUUAUUAUUUAGGAAGUGAACUAACAAUGAGCACUUAUGCUGUUUGAUGGAAUUUUGCUCCCUUGAACCUUUCUUAAAGUGGGAGACGGUUGAUGUUUUAUUUCAAAUGCUGCUAUCAUUAAUUUUCUCAUUAAUUCAAAGAUUCUUUCUUUUUUAUCAUUAACUUUUAGCCAAGUAGCAAUAAAACUUUUUACUGUGAAUCAUUUUGUCCAGCAUUAAUUUUACUCAUUUCUAUCAUUUCACCCAAUAAAACCCAUCAUUAUUGUUUUGAUCACAAUGCCUGUAUUUUUGUACUUCAUCAAAGAGUUGCUUCACAAUAAAAGAAAUACUGGGUUUAAAAAUAUGUUUUCUCUGGUCCAGCAGUGGUAGACAUCACCUCCUCUAUGAAAGAUAUAUCCAAGUAUAUAUUCUAUGCUACAGUUUUUCCAUUUAAGACUUUUAUAUAUUUCCACUUAAUUUCAGAGGUAGAAAUUUUACUUUCUGCCCACUGAUGUAUCAGACAGCUUUGGUCACUUGAUACAAUGACUGUGAUUCAAGUAUUACAAAGAGAUCCUGUGAAAAAACAAAACACUUCUGUCUCCAGAAUGCAGUAUCAGUUAUUCUUUCUCUCACGCUCUCAAACUUCACAAAUAUCUUCAUUUACAAUAGUAGAUUAAACAAAUUACCCUAUAUUUCUUUGAAUACUUAUCAAUCUAUCCAAACGUCCAUUUGUUUUCUGUACUCGCUUUAUCCAGUUCAGGGUUAAGGGUAAGGAACUGAGCUGGAGCCUGGAGCCUUAUUUUACUAAGUGAGAACGUUAAGAUGUACACAAAAGUAAUUAAUAAUCUGAUGUCUUCUCAGAUCUCUUUGGUGUGUCCAUAAAUAAACCAUGUUUUCAGUGUGAUGGUUCAGGCACAGAUAAUGUUACAUCUGUCACGUAAUUCUUAUUUAGCAUUUUCAAAGCAGGAAUUGCACUUAAGUAGAGAACAUCUAUCAUUCACCGCUGCUCCUCUGUUAUCCUGAUCACUAAAAGAGAUUAUGAAGAAUACAGUAAUGUCCAUUUGUUCCAGUUUACACAGACUAGAUGACACCUAUUGGAGAAAAUUAGAAUAGCAUUGUUUACUGUUGCAAAAUGGAUGACUAAACCAGAGAUAUAUUCAAAGUUAAUAUGACUAAAAAUCUAUUAUUAUUAUUCUAUUAAAACAGAUAUACUGCUGAGAGAAAAAUAAGUCUCCUAUUGCCAGGAGUUGAUCCCAUUUACUGUCUUGUCCCAAAACUAAAGAGUAUGAAAGAAUUGAUCGAAUUACACACAUACACCUGUUGGGAUUCUACCUGUUCAAUAUCAGACAGCUUCAUUCUGAAAUAACUGCAAAACUGAUCACAAUUUUCUUGGAAAUGUUAUGCCAUACAGUUUCUAACUUAAAAAUAAAGAUUAAAUGACU